AUGCUGCAUGACACUUGCUUAUCUAUGUCCAAUGCCGCUGCCAUUUUUAGCUCAAGCUUUGAGAUAGCAUUUGCAUCGGAAGAGAACAGAGAAAAGGAGGUUGAAGAGAUGAGCAAAAAAGAAUCUCAGAAAGAGAUUGAGGAGACCGAGGAGGUUGCGGUCGAAGAGAAGGAGAAAGAAAAAGAGAGCAGAAGCGCCGCAGCUGCAGCAAGCAGCGAUGUGAGUAUGACUCCGCAGGAGAAGCAGAUGGAAGACAAGAAGAAAUAUCUUGCGGAGAGGAAAGAGACAGCCAAAGAGAGAAGGAGAAGAGUUUUGAAUGAGAUGAUCUUUGGCAAAGAGAAAGAAGAGAAGCAAGGAGAAAAGAGGAAGAGAGGAGCUGAGGCAGAAGAACGCUAUGAUAAUGAAUCCGAAGAGAGUUCGGAGGAAGCGGAUGAUAACGAAGAAGAAGGUGGAUUGGAUAGGGAGACGAUGCUGCUUGGGUAUACCGAGCGAUUGAAAGAAAUCAUCCGAUCCAGUGCGAAGAGCAUAUCCGCGGUCAAUUUCUUGAAUGAGUUGUUGGAAAAGGCGGAGAAAGAGAUGUACCCAAUCGAAAAGAUCACGGAAAGGGUGCAAGCGUUGAACCUCGAGCGCGAGGAUAAGCCAUCAGAAGAGGAAAAAGAAAAGAAAGCUGAUGCCGAUAAAUACUUCCAGAAGAUAGGCGAAAUUGACAACAAGAUGGAGGAGAUUCGCCCAGCGUACAAGAAGGCCCUAACGGACUAUGUGGAAAAGCGCUCAGAGACGGAUCUGAAGAAUGCGGAAAAGAAGCUUAAGGAGUUGCAAAAGAAGUUGGAUGAGGAGAAGCAGAAAGAGAAAAAGGGGCCAAAGGGAGAGUCCAUGAAGGCCCUGAUAGAUCAGCGAGCGGAGGCCCAACGCGGUUUGAACAAACAGAAGAAAGCCAAUGGCGUUUUACAGUAA